AUGGCGUGCGAUGUGGUGCAGAAUGCAGUCCGCUUUGGUACCCUGGAUCCGCGUAAGAUGGAGGACGUUACAAGCUCGGUGUUACGUGAUGGAUGUUUCGUGAACCCAUGGGACACGUGGAGGGAACCAUCUUUCGGCACCGGUCUCAAGUUCAUGUUCACGCGCAGUGAGAGUAGACUGCCUUCUAAACAGGAGCUUGAUCAAAUUCUACCCGUGUUGACCCCUGACUUUAGUGCCCCACCCAACUCCGGCAUCAAGGUGACAUGGCUCGGGCAUGCGAGCCUCCUGGUUCAAUUCGACGGAGUCUCCAUCCUGACCGACCCCAUCUUCAGUAGCUUCUGCGGGCCGGCUUCCCUAGUGGGCUACAAACGCUACCGGCCGGCGCCCUGCACCGUCCAAGAGCUGCCCAAGAUCCACGCCGUCGUCAUCAGCAAUUCUCACUACGACAACUUGGACCUGCCGACGGUGGAGCAGCUCAACAAUCGCUUCGGAAGGAACCUGAGAUGGUUCGUCCCCCUCGGCAUGAAGGACUGGUUCACCAAGACUGGCGUGGAGGACGUUAUCGAGCUGGACUGGUGGCAGGAGAACAACAUCCCAUCCCACAGUGAGGUCACUUUCGCCUUCACCCCAGCCCAAUACUGGUCCAUGCGCAACUACAUCGACAGGAACAAGAGUCUGUGGGGGAGCUGGUCUAUCAUCGGACCCUAUCACAGCUUCUUCUUUGCAGGAGACACGGGCUACUGCAAAGCAUUCAAGGAUAUCGGGCGGAGGUACGGCCCAUUUGACUUGGCUGCCAUCCCCAUCGGAGCUUACAAGCCAAGAGCUUUGUUGAGCCCUCAGCAUGUCGACCCGCCCGAAGCCGUGCAGAUCCAUUCGGACAUUCAGGCCAGGCAAUCCGUGGGCAUCCACUGGGGAACGUUCCAGCUGGGAAAGGAGGGUUACUUGGCCCCACUUGAGGACCUCAAGAUUGCCCUGGAUAAGGUCCGUCUGACGGACCAGGACUUCUUCACCCUGAAGCACGGGGAGACCAGACUAUUGGCAGAAGAAGAGGAUCAAAGAGGAGAGUGAAUCCACCUGAUGAGAUCCCGAUAGCUACGUUUUUGGUUAUGGCUAAGGACAAUGGCGCUCUCAUAACGCACAGCCAUGGUCAAAUGAGACAAAAUACUCAUUGAGACAUGGUCUUUAUUGACACAUUUGGCUAUCGAUAUGAUUAUGACUGUGGCUAUGUUAAUUUGGUGGUGCUGUAAUACAUGAACAGCCGUAGCAAGAUGAGACAAACCUCAUUGAGAUAUGGCCUGACACCGUGACCAUUAUCGACACUCUCACUUGGCUAAUGACUACUGCUGUAGUGGGGCUCUUAUAAUGCAAGACCAUAUCUAAACUGACACAAAAAUAAGGCAUUGAGACACACACAGAAACACUCUAUCAUUAUGAGCACAUAAUCCGCUCAGAUCCUUCAGGAGUUUUAGUAAGAUUUUUAAGAAAUUCACAGGUUUUUGCUAUGUUUGUCCAUACAGCAAGGAAGCUGGCUGUAUAGUUUGUCUAAACCAGUUUUUCUAACGGGAAUAAAGUGACUUGGCCUAUUUUAAACAAGUUCGAAAUAGGUUAGUGGCCUGGUCAUUCGGCUUGGGUCAUUAUCCGCGGCCAGGCCCCUAGCCGGUUAAACCGGCCGGACCCAUAUUUAUUCCUAUUUAUAAAUACUGUUCCGUCAAAAAGUCAAUAAUUCACAAAUCGCUAAUGAUUUUGUUCAACAGUUUACUUAAUGUUUAUGAAACGCCCCUCUUGUCAUGUCUAUGGCAUGUGCCUCUUGCGCGAAGUGCUCAAAAUCUCCUUACAUGGAAAUUAUCGAGUGCGGUGUGGUGCAAAAUGCAGUAAUUGUGUUGAAAAGCGGCUGGUAUUUUAUCAGCCGUUUAAAACCACCCACAUGACGGGCCCUUGAAUAAUAGGAAUGGGUAAACUGUCUCAGUUAUUUACAAAUAUAUUUUAUCAGUCAGCAUAUACCCCACAAUUCUCAAAAAAUGUAUAAACACAUCCUGUUCUUGGAAUGGAAAUUUUCGUUUACCCUGACUUUUCCGCACCUCAUUACAAAACUACAAUGGUGACUUUGUACGUUUUGAAUUUUUUCUUCAAAAUGUUGUUUUGAAUCUUGAAAUAAAACAACAACAAUUACAACACGUUA